AUGCUUGAUAAUGAGGAAAUUAGAGCUAUAGAAGAAUUGCUGUCAACAACAAAUCUACUACAGGAGAUUACAAACAACCUUUCUGGCGAAAACUACACUACCAUGUCAUCGGUUCUUCCUCUUCUACGGAAAAUACGACAAUGUUUAAAGGUAGAGGAAAAUGAUAGCAAUUUGCAGAGGCAGAUCAAAGUAGAAAUUUUGUCACCAUUUCAUAGAUAUGACAAUAAUGAGCUUAUGAUUUUAUUAAGACUUAGCACGUUCAGCGACCCACGAUUUCGUCUCCGGUAUGUGGAGGAUGCAGAGGAAACAAAAAAGAUAGCUUUAGAAAAGAUGAUCAGCCUGCAUACCGAAUUGCCAACAGUUUCAAGCUGUGAAAGAAUAAUUCCACAGCCCAAAAAAGGAUUAGAAAAACUCUUAGAAGACGACGAAGAGACUGAAAGCAUAGACGAUUUUCUUCCCCGUAAUAAAGCAGAGAAAGAACUGAAAAAUUAUUUAUCCAUGCCUAAAAUAGGCCUGAAUGAAAACCCACUCACCUGGUGGAAGUUGAAUGAGCACAAUUUUCCAAUUAUAAAAGCUCUUGCAAAAAAAUAUUUGGCCAUUCAAGGAUCAAGUGUUCCUUCCGAACGAAUUUUCAGCACUGGAGGGAAUGUAAUUACUAAACACAGAGCAUCUUUACUACCGAAAAAUGCGGAAAUGCUAGUAUUUUUAUUCCAAAAUAAAAACUUAAUUUGA